AAAAGAAUGGAGUAGGGGUUGAAAGCAAGACCAGAGCACAGCCGGGAAUGUCACGCAGGGAACCGCAACUCGCGCACAAAAAAGCAGAGGAAAACUUGUCCGUACCAGAUUUCACAGAAAAGCACUUGAACUAUCCAUGAAUCAAUUUAUUUUUUUUUAAAAAAUCCAUGAAUCAACUUACAAAUCUACAAGCUUCGUUCUUUUAUAGUAUCUAGAUUCGUACCCGUGCGUUGUUACGGGCGAUAAAAGAUUUAUAGUGCAAUAAACAAAGUAUUCAACAAGACAAUAGCAGGUUAGAAUGAACAUAUCAAAUGAAAGUAGUCGAUUUAGGAACAUAAUUAAUGUUGUGCGAUGAAAUGGUCCAAGACCUUUUAAUCUUUUAAAUAAAUGGCAUAGUACUUACAGUAGUACUUUAGCAAGAUGAAAACACAAGCACACAUACAGACAUGAUCUGUAUAAUCAUUUACAGGACCCGAACAGACGAUGGAUUAAUCAUCGACAAACAUAUAGGGACAAAAAAAAUAAUCAAAGGGCAUUUCCGCUCCAUUAGGGAAACAAAGCUUAAACCUUUGUGCAUUGGAUUAAAUCAUCGACAAACAUAUAGGGACUCACACAAAUGAAAGGGGAGUUAAACUUUUUUCCCCUGCAUUUGUCAAGAUUCUUAGUUGUUGUCCAGUUGGGAGGCAAUUAUGUGCAAUACAAACAAUCAAACAUGAUGUUGGGUAUUACGUAACCACCCUAUCUACAAAUCAAGCACAUAUGGGUAUCCCUCUGUGGGCUUAGUAGUAAAACACCAAUAAUUAGUACCGGAUUGUGCCACCAUCUGGUAAUAAUAGCCCUCUCCGGAGAUAUGACCUCCAAUCAGUACCGGCUGCCACAACAAUCGGCUCCAUAGGCCGUUCUCUAGUAGUGACAGCUGGCCUUCGAGAAAUUGAUUGGAUCGGUACCUGCAGAUAUGAAAUCUGGAGGUUGAAGGUUGGAUCGUUGUCUAACGGUUGAUAGUCGAAGUUAAUUACUAAGCAUUCUCAUUUUGAGUCGACUAGGUAGCGUCGCCCCUAUUUACAGUAAUUAUGCAAGCAAGCGCUGCGCCGUUUGUCUGGUAAAUACGACGAACAAGACGCAUCGGAAGCACAGCUACCGUUUCAUCCAAAGAACAAAGCUGAUCAGUAAAUUUGGCAUCUGCCUAAGAAUACACUGAGUAAAUAACUCAAUAUUUUUGUCUUCUUCCAUGCAUGUGACGACGCAUGAGAAACAGCUGCUCCUAUGUUCGUCGAUCCCCAACAGCUUCGAGACUCAUCACGCCUGCCUAUAACAUAACAGCAUUUUGCUCGCCAUCUGCCAAAAACAAGAGACACCAGCCGUAAAUUGCUUGCACAAAAAUUGCUUGCCGUCUGCCAAAAACAAGAAACACCAGCCGGAGGAAUUAAUCAGCAAUUCAUCAUGAAGAAGAAGAAGUCGGGGGCAUCCAACUACCUGUGCAUCGCACCCAUCUUCAACUCCUGCCUUUCCUCGGGUAAUAAGCAGCCGUCAAACGACGCCGCCGGCAGAAACCGGCUGAGCUUCUCCUUCCCGGACAGUCUCGCCGGCGGCAAGACCCAGCGCCAGCAGCAGCAGCAGCAUCAGCAGCAGCCGGAGGAGCAGAAUUCGGAGAGCAUCAUCGACCCCGCCGCCUCGAUCGUCACCCGGAAGGACGGCCGGCACUGCACCGUGAUCGUGGGCACCAUCUUCGGCCGCCGCGCCGGCCGCGUCACCUUCUGCGUGCAGCGCGAUCCCGACGCGCCGCCGCCGUUCCUCUUCGAGCUCUCCGUCCCGAUGCAGUCCCUCGCCGCGGAGAUGGGCUCGGGCCUCCUCCGCAUCGCGCUCGAGUGCCACCGCCCCACCAGCGGCGCCGGCGCAGGCGGCGCCGCCGCCGCGACGACGGGCGGAAGCGGCGCGAGCAGGAACGUGUGGAGGGCGUCCUGCAACGGGUGCGACGUGGGGUACGCCGUGCGGCGGCUCCCGACGGAGUGGGAUCGGCGCGUGCUGGAGAGCAUGCGGACGAUGACGACCGGCGUCGGCGUGCUCCCGCCGCCCACGGUGGCGCUGGAGGAACGACCCAACGAUGAUGGGAACCUGCAGGACGGCGGCGGCGGGGAGGUGCUGUACAUGCGGGCGACGUACGAGAGGGUCGUGGGGUCAAGGGAUGCCGUGUCCUACCACCUCAUCAGCCCCGGCGGCGGGGGCGGCAGCCCGCCUCAGGAGCUGAGCGUCUUCUUGCUGCGGACCAGGGGUGACUGAUGAGACCACCGACAUAAUGUGUUCUACGUAUAUAUGCAUCGUGAUUCGUGCACGUAUAGUCAGUGGCUCGAUGCACCUUUGUUGGACGAGCCGGUCAGUAUAACGUGCCUUUUCUUCAUUUUUACAUGUAAGUAACUAGUAAGAUGCAGGUACGGCACGCACGUGUUUAAUAAUCCACUUGUCAAACCACAUUUGUUAAUAUCACAAACUUGUGCUCACAGCUGUGUAUUAAUGUAAGCAAUGAGUGGAAUUAGGAAUUGCUUC